GAUGUGUUCAGGGAAACGCACUCUCCGUUCUACCCACUGAAUCACCGUUAAACACCGCAUCUAUCCUAAUAGAGUUUAGAAGGUAAUUCUCAUUAAGUCUGUUUGGGGGCUGUCCCUCACUCUCCACAUUUCCACCACUCCCGGCAGAACCAGCCAAUUUCGAAGGGGGAGGAGCAGCAGCCACUGGAGCUAGGAGCACUUCCUGCUUGGGAGCUGGCAAGCUGGAGGAGAAGGCGGAGCUCUGGUUUCGGAGCCCGCCCGGGGGAAGCCGCGGCAGAAGGUCCAGCCAGGCCUCCACCACUCACCCACGUAGGCCCCCGCCUUCCCGCCCUCCCCUCCUUUUUAGCGUCUUCCUCUCCGCGCUGCUCCUAGUGGGAAAAGGAGCGGGAGAAGGAGGAGGAGACAGAGGCCGAGGCCGAAUUUAUGCUCCUCCUUCCAGUCUAAAAGGUGGCCCCUGGAAGUCCUAGGAGGGAGACAAGAGGCAGGUGGUGGGGACUUUGUAUUAUUAACGCUAAGGGAGAGGGAGGAAAGGGGAGAGGAUAAGGGGGAGGAGCUGGUGCUAGAGCGAGGAACAGCGCGUGAACCCGAAGUCUCAACCCCCACCAGCCCCAGCAGCAGCGGCAGCUUUCGCCCCACCAACAGCUGAAAGCUGCAGUAGCAGCAGCUGGACCGCAGCUCUGCGCAGAGUCCAGACGCCAGAGAGAGAAAGGGAAGGAGGGCGGGGAGCGGUGGGCUCCUCCUCCCACACCAGCAGCGGCCUCUUAGCCAAAGCGAGGGAGCCCUCUCCCCUGCAGCUCUUCCCUCCCCGUCGGGGGCGGGGGAGAGGAGGAGGAGCAGUGGUGGUGGGUGCUGGAGCUGCAAGGAGAGGAGGCAGCAGCGGCAGCAGCAGCUUUUCAAGGGCCGGCCGCACUCAGCCAUGUCGGCCGGAGGCGUCGGCACCCCUAAAUCCCUGCCCUCCUCUGGGCCCAAGUCCCUGCAGGACAUGCCGCACCCUCUGGCCGGCCCGAGCAGCGAGGAUAUAGCGGGCGGUGAGCUCACCCCGAGCCCGGACCUGCAGUUGCCCCGCAGCAUCGCCGACAAGGACCUCAGUUUGCCUAAUGGUGGAACUCCUGCAGGCACUUCCAGUCCAGCUUCUUCUUCUUCGCUUCUCAAUAGACUUCAGCUAGAUGAUGAUCUGGAUGGUGAGACCAGAGACCUAUUUGUCACCGUUGAAGAUCCCAAGAAACAUGUCUGUACAAUGGAGACCUAUAUCACAUAUAGGGUCACUACAAAGACCAGCCGGAUAGAAUUUGACUUGCCAGAAUAUUCCAUUCGUCGAAGAUAUCAGGAUUUUGACUGGCUGCGGAACAAACUGGAAGAAUCCCAGCCGACCCAUCUCAUUCCCCCUCUUCCAGAGAAAUUUGUGGUAAAAGGAGUUGUGGAUCGUUUUUCUGAAGAGUUCGUUGAAACUAGAAGAAAAGCUUUGGAUAAAUUCUUAAAAAGAAUUGCAGAUCACCCAGUGCUCUCCUUCAACGAACACUUUAAUGUUUUCCUCACGGCUAAGGAUCUUAAUGCCUACAAAAAGCAAGGAAUGGCAUUACUCUCCAAGGUGGGGGAGUCGGUCAAAUAUGUUACCGGAGGCUAUAAGCUGAGAAGUCGACCCCUAGAAUUUGCAGCUAUGGGUGAAUACUUAGAUACAUUUGCUCUAAAACUUGGAACCAUUGACCGAAUAGCUCAGAGGAUCAUCAAGGAAGAAGUAGAAUACCUGGUAGAACUCCGAGAAUAUGGUCCUGUGUACUCCACGUGGGGCGGCCUCGAGAUGGAGCUGGAGGAGCCCCUGGAGGGCGUCUCAGCUUGUAUUGGGAACUGUUGUACCGCCCUGGAGGACCUAACUGAUGACAUGACAGAGGACUUUUUGCCAGUGCUUAGAGAGUACAUUUUGUACUCUGAAUCCAUGAAGAAUGUAUUAAAGAAGAGAGACCAAGUCCAAGGAGAAUAUGAAGCAAAAUUGGAAGCCAUUGCUUUGAAAAAGGAAGAGCGCCCCAAGGUGCCCGCGGAGGUGGAGAAAUGUCAGGAUCGAGUGGAAUGCUUUAACGCCGACCUCAAGGCCGACAUGGAAAGAUGGCAGAACAACAAGAGGCAGGACUUUCGGCAGCUACUCAUGGGAAUGGCUGACAAAAAUAUCCAAUAUUAUGAGAAGUGCCUUACGGCGUGGGAGUCGAUUAUACCGCUGCUACAAGAGAAGCAAGAGACCAAAUAAGUUCCUUCCAACAAAGAGACCCUUCUGUCUACACCAGUGCACAGUGCCCCUCGCUGGGCAGGCCAUUUGCUAUGUACUUACUGACUGACAAAGUACCACCUGUCAGGUGGCAUUUGGAAACCAGCCAAUUUGGAACUUUUGUGGCUUUUUGCUUUUUUCCCCCCUCUUCAGGCCUUGACCCAGUUCUUCUUUCCUAUUAAUAUUUCCUCCCACCCUGUAUUCCUGAUCUGUUUCCUGGUUGGACCCUGAGUGCCUGGUGGAUUCUUUAUGGAUUUCAUCAUUUCUUAUUAAAGGAAACAUACUUCCAUGUCUUGAAGGGACUUCCUACUAAGAUUUUAAAGGAAGAGACAAGUGCCGUCAUCCCUCCAUUUGUCAAAGGAGAGAAUGGGGCCUCUCUUUGGGGUUCCAGAAAGAAAGGAAGACGGUAGCCCCGUACACUCCUUCCCCAUGCGCAGUGGCAUUUUCUGUGGCUGUUGCCUUGUCCUAGGUAAAAAAGGUGGUGUUGACAUUUCUGCCUGACACGUGUGAAUCUGGCACGCUGUCUGCUCGUCAUGUGUGAUCUCAUGUAUGUUAUUCCUUUUUUGGUGAUAUGAAGUCAGUGUAAAACAGCUGAAGUGGGCAGGCGGUACGUGUGUCUACAUGUGUGUGCGUCUACAUAUGUAACGCGUGUCUAUGUGUGUAUGUGUAUACAUCCUUUUGCCCACAUCUACACAUACCUGUGCCGACGGAGAGGGUGACGAGGAGAUCCGAUUCCUGCCCCAGCCAUCUCCGAUUGUUUGUCGACCUCGUCUGGGCAUAGAAUCGGGGACGCUCUGCGACGCUCUCCGUCCUCUUUUUGGUCCUCCUCAAGUGGCGCUCUGGUAAGGGACGCCGGGGCCCCAGCGCGGACGUGCCCCAAGUGCUUGUGGGCCUGCUUUCUGGAGACUUGCCUUUAUCCCAGCUAAAGAACUAGCUGGGUGUCCUCUGCCGUGUCGGAGGCGUCAGGGCAGCUUUGGAAGGGCUUCUGCUCUGAGGCAGGUCUUGUUGUCUGACCCCGUCCGUCUAAGAUGGUCAAAAACCAUCCACCCGGCGCAGGUGCUCCCCAGGAAGCCCCGCACCGGCCGCACUCCUUCCCGGGAAGAAAAGGCACCUUUCCCGAGGUUGCGGGCUCAAAACGGAGCCUCUUUUUUUUCAUUUAAAGCUAGCUAAGUUAGUUCUGUCUAGAGAACUGAAGCAGCAACCAGGCCCAAGUACUCAUGCCAAGAUUCGCUUUUCAAAAAAGAAACGAGACGUCCCUUCUCUUAAGAAAGAGAAUUCCUCCUUCCGGACCAGGCCGUGCCUCUCUGGAAAGUCUGCCCCCUUCUUCCGGCAUUCACGGAGUCGGCCACAGAACGUCGGGGGCCAGCUGCUCUAAAAUACCACUCUAUGAACAGAAAGUAAGCUGUAAAAUACUGGUCAACAGUGCCCGGGUCACAUUGAAAAUGCAGUUAAUUUAGGUUCAAAACCACUCCUGAAGGGUUGUCUGCAGUGUCUGUGUGUCAGAUGAGCUUCAUUUUUAUGCUGUGGGUUCAUUAGUUAGAAUACUUGGAAUGUUGUGGUCCUGUUUUGCCGUGUCUAGUCCUUGCUUUGCCUGGGAGAAGUUUGGUUGAUGUUUUCCCAGCGGUAUCGUUGUCUCUCUUGGUACUGCCUACCCUAAUAAGACCUCCGUGUGCAUAAGGUUUCAGUCCUUCGAUGUGAAUUUUCACUUUGGUACAUAGAGUUCUAAACAAUAUUUCUAAGCGAAUGGCACCAGGGAUGGCAUUUCAGCAUAUCAUUCUACCUCUAAAAACGCGUCUUUUUGACGCUGGGAUUUUGUUGUGUAUCUGGGUCCUAGUUUGUUGGAAUCGAUGUACGUUUCAUACUAAUACUUGACUCCUCGUUUUUGGUUGGACUGAGACUACAAUUAGAUUGACUCGUUGAAAGAGAAAAGAAAUCAGUUUUGGAGAAAGCAAGGACUUUCCUCUGUGGAAAAAGUGCUCUUUAAAAAAAUAGUUCUGUUACUGCCUGGGAGGAAGGGAUUUGGGGCAAAGACUCCUGCCAUCUUGCCAAAUUCUGAUGGUGCCCCCACAUAUGAUGAGUUAUGGGGGUGAGGGACUUCCUCAAAGUGAGUUGGCCCUGGGUAGGAAGGAGGAAAAGCUACGCUUCCCAAGAUCUUCCUUGCCUUCUCAUUUAGCUGACCUGAUAACAAAGACACUCUAAAGGGAUGUGGCAGUCUUUGGAUUCCACUUUUUUUUUUUCAGUUUGUUUUGGUUAUUUUACGGUAGACAAAAAUAUAACAUUUCUAUAGCAGAGUUAAUCAGCUUCAGAUGCCAAAUAAAGCCUAGAGAGAGGCAAGCAUUGCCCUCGGUGCAUUCCCCAGCUAUCAGGGGUCUGUACCAUUGGAACCAUCAUCAGCUACUGUGGAAAGAUGUAUUCAGAGAGGAGUCUCUGUUCCUUUGAUUGGGGAAGAAGUCUUCAGGAAGGAGUCAUUUUAGCAUAGAGGAUACAUAACCCUUCUUGUACCAGCUGCUUCCUCCUUCCUUCAGCUUCUCAAGGAUCAGCAAUACCUAAGACUGUCCUUUACCAUUUUUCCCCUCCUAACCAUAACUGUGCACCAAGGGGUUGUCUUUUUGGUCAAUACAGGGAAUAUCUUCAUUGGAGAUGUGUGAAUUAGUACUUAUGUGCCAAAGAGGUUAACACUCAAAAUGUCUUCCUAACGAAGACUGCCAUUACUCUUUCCCCAAGUCUCAAGCCUAGUAUGGCUAUAUCUCUUUCAUUCUUUUUUCCUCCCACCUGACUUUCCAGAAGUUUGGAGAAUAUUCUUCUCUAACUGGAAAAGCCUUGAGAGGACACUGGGUUCUCUGACUUGAGUUUCUAACUUUUCUUUGUGGUGAAAGCAUAUUUUAUCAAGAUAGUCUUUAAGGAAAUAUGCUGCAAACAGAUUUUUCCAGUGGCUACCUUUGUGGUUGUUUUGGUAUAGCCUAACCAUACCAAUUUGUAUUUUUACCUUUCUACCAUCGGAUCAGAAAUCAGAGAGUCAUUCUUCUAUCCAUAGUGGGAAGAGAUGAUGGUGGAGAUAAAUGAAAAGAGAAUGCCAUGAAUAUCCCAAUUUGUCAUUGGUACCUUGAAAAAAAAAAAAGCAUUUUUAUUGUUAAUUAGGUUACUUAUAAGGCUCUUCAGGAUGCUGCUGUGGCCAAGCUCAACUCUCACCUUUCUCUUGAUAUAGAACAGGAAAACCAGUCUGUCUUUAGAUGAUUUUUUAGUACAUAUAAAAGAAGUCUCUUUUAGUGCAAAGUCAGUACAUAUAAAAAAGUACAUAUAAAAGAAGUCUCUUUUAGAGCAAAGUUUCUGAGUGUUUUUUAAUUAAUGGCCGUGUCCCAACCCAUCAUCCACCCCUUCUCUAUUUCCCUUUCACAUAGGAGAAGACGGCGAAUUGGCCUUAAAUCCUGAGCCUGAGCAAGGCUGCCCUUUGUCACGAGGGAGGAGGCAUGAUGAUGCCCUUGUGUGCCUGGUCAUAGGUGGAAUUUCUAGCUUAGGCAGUUGAAUGGAAUAAUAGCUCCGCCUGAAUAACACCCCAGACUUGAAUUACCUGGUAUUGUUAUUCAGAACAUCAACCUGAGCCCAGAAACCACAGAUAAACGAGGACUGUCCACAUCUCAGUUUAUAGGUCCUCUGCUGGAACUGGUGAAUGGCCUGGGCGCGGUCUCACUGCUAGAAAACCUGGGAGAGGGAAGGGCCAUUGUUGAGCAACGUUGUCAUUCCUUUCCAUGGCUGGGGAACGUCCUUCCACUCACCCACUUUCCUUCUGUGGAGGACUUGGACGUUGGGCGUAGGAAAGGAUAGACGUUGUCCCAAAUCUAGCCAGAAGUAACAUCUGGGUAGGGAGGACCCUUCCCUUUCCCUCUUCUAAAUUGGAUGGCGUGCCAGCCCCAAGGAUCCACUGACCCAUACAAUCUUUAUUUACCAUUCAUGGCGCCUGGGUGGUCUUCCUUGGUGGCUGCCUUAAAGCCACUCUGCCAGGUCCCUGUUUCGUCUCCCAGUGUACCAGGUUGCAACAUUCCUCACCUCUUCAUACAGGUGGCGGGAGAUUUGACCACAACGCUGCUUUAGAAGCACGAGUCUCUUCUGUCUCAAUCUGGAGCGGGGCAACGAUCUAGCAGGGCAGCCCUUCCUCUGUCCCUACCAACAAUCGUCUUGUGAUUGGGCAUCCGCAUGGGGCAGGCAGAGCCCCUCGCCACAACUGGGGUUCAACAACUUUUUGUCCUGUGUGUUACAAAUGUUUUUGGCACAUCUAACCAUGCUCAGUUCAGUUGAUAAAACCACUUUAGAACAUGACCGCUGAUAUGGAUAAACCAGUGAUAUGAGCACUGAUAUGAAUAAAUCAGUGUUUUAAUAAAUACUAAUUAUAACAUCAGAUUAUUUGUAUAAUGUAGAUGCAGAUUCCAAAUAGAUCUUCUGAUGAUGCUCAGACAUGCUAAAUCAGCAGGACCAAGUUCUGAGGUUAGGUUGCUUUGUUUUUUUAAUGGUGCAAAAUGCAAAAUAAAUUUUAAUUCUACUUUUCAAGGCUGUUAUCUAUCCAGACACUGAUGCUUCUGGCAGUGUUUUAUAAGUGAUUAUAAAAUUGUAUUUGUCUUCUAUUUGGACACUGGAUACAAGAUGACUGGUUGUCCUCUUUUUAAGAAACAAAUAAGCCUGCGUCAAUGGGAAACAAGGGGCAUAAUGGAACUGCUUUUUUUUAAAGGAUACUUUUUAAAAAUGUUAAGUGUUGCUUUUGCCAAAUAUAUUUUUAUUAUUACCAUGGAGGAGGGGAGGGGAAACCAGGGACCAUAAAUGCAUUGUUCCAAAGUAUACAUGGCUAACAAUUUAAUGUAUUUUGGAUAUUUUUUAAAUUACAAGAAUUAUGGGAUCAGUGCUGGCAAAUCGCACUGCAUGUUAGUCUUUUCAAGUCUAUUUGAUAUAAAGAAAUUCCCAACUUAUAACAGUAUUAAGGACAUGCUCUAAUGUUGUAAAGGACCAACUUUUUAAAAUGUCUUGGACACUGAAGAACAAAGUUUUAGCUCUGAAUCCUACAGUUUUGAUGCCAAAAACAUGAAGUGCUUUAUUGACUUGAAUAUUGAAUACUCUUUCCCUCUCAUUUUUAGCAAAAAAAAAAAUGUUAAAAUUGUGGGUGGAGGCAUACAUAUUUGGGCAUAGCCGCCAUUUUGUUUUUACUGGAUGAGCCUGGGAACCAAUGCUGCUAUAUCCAGGUUCAUCAUUUCCCUUUUGGUGGAGCCUCUGAUGUACAACUAGGUCAAAGUGCUUGACCUCUUAACAGUCCCCUUAAGCAUUUUUCUUCUUUGCUUUCAUGAAACAGGGUCAGUAGCAUCUUCUGUUGCUUUGACCAAACCUUCUGAGUAACUACUAACAACAGCCAAAACAACUGUAAGGGGACACGUACAAAGAAAAACAUUCCAUUCUUUCUUGUCUCCUUCAAAAUGGUGGGUAAGAAGAGUAAUGUUGGGUGAGGGGGGCAGGAAGGAGUGACAGUCAAUAUGACAAACUGUGGCCCAUAUAGCUGUAAUUCCAGCCAGACUUUCCAUGUUUAAUAAACAAGCAUCUCGGAAUAGUUCUGUUCUUUGGGCAGUAUAGAACCGCCCUAUGCCCAAGCAGUCUUAGUCACAUCCAAGAGACGCUGUCCGUUGCGAUUCCCAUGUGCCUGUCAGUUGUGAAUGCAUUGGGAAGCUGAAUCCCCAUGAAAUACAUGUCUGCCAGCAGACUUUUGGACCUAGAUUUUAACCUUUUCAGAUGAAAAUUUCAUUUAAGUUUGUGUCAACUGAUCAGCCGUCCAGACUGUGUACUGUAUUGCUUAUUUCUGACUUAAAAUGAUCAGAAACCCACUCAGAUCAAAAGAGUAGGGAAAUGCCUCACUGAAAAGUCAUGGGUUUUUGUGUGUUUGUUUAUCCCCCCUCUGUCCCUGCUACCAAUAAACCAAAACAAAAGCUGUGAAAACUUGUGAGCUUGGGAGAGCAUGUGUAUAGUUUAGAUGUGAGCAUGACUCAAACAACGGAUGGUUUGUUUGCUGUAGAUAUCACACUUUCAACAGGGUGCCCCCCCUUUGUUACCAACACCAUGGCUGUGAAGUUGUUUUGUUUACUUUCCAGUGCUGCCACAAAUGUGUUGGUUCACGUUUUUUUCAUAUAUCUGUGUAUAGAUCUAUUCUGUUUAUUGUUUACUAUGGGAUUAGUAUUAUACUUUGAGGUAAAAAAAAUCAUUUGUAUUGCCUGAUAAACUAUUAGCUUGUAAAUUUUUUUUAAAGUUUCUUUACCUCAAUUAAUUUAAAGGAAUGGACCAAUAAACAUGUAAAAGAUGA